UUCAAAGAAGUCCACGUGAUUUUGGUAUUUUUGAUUUUCUCGCCUGAAGCGCCCUGGUGAACCCACCUUUCCCUUCACACAGCGUCCGCCAUGUCUUUAGGUCGACAUCGGGAACGAAAACACUCUGAAAACAACCGUCUUUUGCGGGCUUUAUCUCAACCCACACAAGCUUGGGAAAAAAAGUGGGCACCGACGACGCGCUUUGAGAAUAUUCAAACUUAUAAAUGGGUGAAAUCGGAUCGAACGAUUGUGUAUGAUGACGACGACGACGACGGUGAUAACGUUUCUAUGACAGAAACAGAAAAGGAAGCCUCUGCUACACCUGCACAAUCAACCUCCAGCGCGACUGCGAGUAGUGCAUUACCGCCGUCGUUGCCGCUGGAGAGUCGAUCGCACCCUCACACCACGGCGGAAGCGCUUGCCAAGAUUGCACCGGGAGUAGCUGAAUCGGACGGAAAACCAGACGAUGACGAUCCUGAUCGCACGCAUACGCCGGUGCUGGGAGAAGUGUCCGACGCAGAAUCGGGGAAUGAGAAUCUGCUGGUCGACAAGGACGACGAAGACGACGCAGCAAAUGAUAUGCUGGAUCCAGCAAGAAAUCCGGCAUUCAACCCUCACGUUCAUCCUCACUUGACCGACGAUUCCAUGACGGAUUCACAAGGAGCAACCCCCGCGGACUCCACCGAGUACACAACUUCGGUAAGACAAAUGGAAGUUGAUACCGUCCCAGCAGACGCAACAACAACCGCCACCGCUCCAUCAGCUCCCGCAACACAAGAGGAAGCGUGACGAAUGCAAAACAACGACUCCAAUUGAAUUCAUAUGUCUUUCUCUUUUCCCAUCAUCAUCAAAAUGACGAAUAUGAAUGUGUCAUGUUUUUUUCUUUUUUCACGUAAAAAUAUCAAAUCAAUCAGUUAGAAAGUGCCAAGAGAAUCAUUUUUUAAUGCAAAAGAUGACAAGAGUAAAAGAGGCACCAAUGCAAAUCACAUGUAAAAUCGCACACACAUAGGA